AUGCCUUUUCAUUCAGCUACUAGUCAAGUGACCUCUGCUAAAACUAACAAAUUUACACUUGUUUGGUUUAUUAAAAAACAAUUCAGGAUAUAUCUUUGCAUUUCAAAUUUAUAUAUUGGUACUAUAUGGAUAUUUAUUAAUAUUUGGCUAUUUACUAAUAAUCUAGUUUAUUCUAUACCUUAUAAAUUUGGUGAAUCUCUACAAAUUAAUGAAGCAGCGAAUUUGCUAUAUCGAUACGGAUACAUGGAUGACUAUUCCAAAACUCAUAAUAAUAUUAAUAAUGGUAACCCUAUACCACCAGAUCAAAAUCCAUAUGAAUCUAAAUUUCCUUAUCCAGAUAAAUUAUCAUUAACUAAUCCACCGAAAGAAUUUAAUAAUGCAAUUAGAAAGUUUCAAAUACAAUAUAAUCUACCUAUGACAGGUAAAUUAGAUGAAGCUACAAAAAAUCUAUUAAUUUCACCACGUUGUGGUAAUCCGGAUCAACAAAUUAAUUUGAAACAACCAUCAACCUUAUUAUCCAAAUUAAAAUUUGGCAAUACAUUCCAUUUUAAUCAUAAUUAUUCAUUAACUGUACAAAAUGCUAAUAAUAAUAAUAUUAAUCACAAUGAGAGAUUAUUAAAAAGACAAAAACGUUAUUUAAUUGGUGAUGAAAAAAUGAAAUGGACAAAGAAACAAUUAACUUGGCAAAUCCAAAGUUAUCCAUCACAUUCUUUAUCAAGAGUACGUGCACAUGCAGUAUUUCAGCAUACAUUCAAUUUAUGGUCAAGAGUGGUUAAUUUAGAUUUUGUGGAAGAAAAAGAUUAUUAUAAACCAGCUGAUAUUGUAAUACGAUUUGGAGCUGGCAAACAUGGAGAUUCAAUACCAUUUGAUGGAGCAGGUGGAGUACUAGCACAUGCUUACUAUCCAACACCGGAUAAUGUAUAUUCAUUUUCUGGUGAUGCACAUUUUGACGAUGAUGAAAUCUGGAAUGAUGGACCACAUAAAACACAUCGAAAUUUGAUUUCUGUCGCAGCUCAUGAAUUAGGGCACAGUUUAGGAUUAGGUCAUUCAUCUGUACCAACUGCAAUUAUGUAUCCUUACUACACAAGAACUUGGGAAAAAGUUAAGUUAGAUCCAGAUGAUAUCGCUGGAAUACAACAAAUUUAUGGUGCUGCUAAACCGGGUAAAUUUAUACCACCUGAACCAAGUUUGCCUGAUAUACCUCCACCACCACCUGUUACUACAGAAGCUCCAAAACGUGAGAAUGUUUUCGAUUUUUGUAAUAUCAGUGUUGAUGCAAUCAUUAAAAUUCGUAAUUUAGAAUUGUAUGUUUUUAAAGGAGAAUGGCAAUGGCGAGUAACAUGGUCAAAAACUGUAACAACAUGGAUUACCUAUCAAUUUCGUGAUGGUCCAGCAAAAAUAACUUAUUACUGGCCUGCAUUACCUAAAUACGUUGAUUACAUUAAUGCUGGUAUUGAACGCCAUGAUGCAGCUAUUUAUAUUUUUCGAGAUAAAAAGUUCUGGCUACUUUUGGAUAAUAUGAGGAUGAAACCUGGAUUUCCAAGUGAUGGAUUACCUCUAACUAAUCUUGGACUUCCAUCGUACCUGGAACGUGUAGAUAGUGUAUUUUUAUGGGGAGAAAAUCAAGCAAUUUAUAUCUUCGCUGGAAAAUAUUACUGGCGCUUGGAUGAGAAUUCUGGUCCAUUUGGCAAAGUAAUUAAUAGUCCGGACUAUCCUCGUCUGAUAGAAGAUACAUGGCAGGGAGUUCCUGUUCCUACACAAGCUGCAUUUACCGGUCUCAAUGAUGAAACUUUGUUUUUUGAAGGUACCAACUACUAUGUAUUCGAUAACAUAGCAAUGCGUACACGUCCUGGAUAUCCAAAACAAGCCUCACUAGGUAUACUUGGUUGUAUGAAAUGA